AUGGAUCCAAUCUUUGAUGGCAAGUUUACUGAAGACUCCGAAGGCCAGUCCACCGCAAAUACCAACACCACACCGAACUCGGAGCUCUCACCACCAGAUAGUCCGACGACCGAGCAUGCCGAAUUAAACAAGACUGAUGCGAGAUCUAAUUCUCGAAAGUUAGCAUCAUCGCUUUCUUUAGAAGAACAGGUCUCUCUCUUGGUUGGCGCGGAUUUCUGGAGGUCGAAAGCUAUUCCUGAAAAGAACGUUCCAGCCUUCAAAACUAGCGAUGGCCCAAAUGGCGCUCGUGGGGCGAUUUUCAAAGCUGGAACCAAGGCUGCACUUUUUCCUUGUGGUGUUUCUCUAGCUUCGACGUUCAAUGCGAAGUUACUCUAUCAAGUCGGACAGCAUCUUGCCGAUGAGACAAAAGCAAGAUCAGCACAGGUUCUUUUAGCACCCACUGUAUGCCUACACCGUGGUCCUUUGGGUGGCCGGAAUUUCGAGUCGUUCUCAGAAGACCCAUUCUUGACAGGCCGACUUGCCGCACAAUACAUUAAUGGAUUGCAAAAAAAAGGAAUCGCGGCGACAAUCAAGCAUUUCGUUGGCAAUGAGCAAGAAACAGAACGGAUGAAGAUCGAUUCUAUCAUCCAGGAACGCGCUCUUCGAGAAUUGUAUCUUCGACCGUUCGAGAUGGCGGUUCGAGAUGCGAACCCUUGGGCAAUUAUGUCCUCAUAUAAUCUCGUCAAUGGCGUUCAUGCGGACUCUAAUCAGCACACUCUAAAGGACAUUUUAAGAGGCGAAUGGCAAUAUGAAGGUAUGGUCAUGUCCGAUUGGGGAGGAGUAAACUCAAUUGAAGAAUCUAUUGAAGCUGGCUGCGAUAUUGAAAUGCCACAGUCGUUGAAAUGGCGUGGAGAAAAGGCUAUCGAGGCUGUCAAGAAUGGUUCGUUAAGCAAAGAAGCCGUAGAAAAGGCUGCCGCCAGUGUUUUGUACCUUGUUGAACGUACCAAGGGAACGGACAUGUCCGCCGAAACUGCGGAACGAGAAGAUAACCGGGAAGAAACUCGAAAAUUAAUUCGAGACGCAGGCGUCGAAGGUCUCACUCUGCUGAAAAAUGACGGCAACGUACUCCCGAUUAUACCAUCACAAAAGAAGAUUGCUGUAAUUGGACCAAAUGCUAAUCGAGCUAUUGCUGGAGGGGGUGGAAGUGCCAGUCUCAACCCAUACUACAACACGCUUCCAUUGGAUAGCAUCAAGGCUGUGCCUGACAGAGAGGUCACGUACUCUCUCGGAUGCCAUACUUGGAAAUGGUUACCUUUAGCUGCUGACUACUGUACAACUGCGACCGGCGAGCAAGGAGUAAGUCUGGAAUUCUUCGUGGGAGAUAAAUUUGAAGGUCAACCGAAAGUCACCCAGCACAGGACGAAUACGGAUCUUUUCUUAUGGGACUCCGUACCUUUAGAAGUUGGAAAAGAGUGGUCGUGUUACUGUAGAACUAAAAUUACGCCUACGACUACUGGUCGACACACCAUCAGUUUUUCGAGUGUCGGUCCAGGACGUUUAUAUGUAAACGGUAAAGUCGUGAUAGACUUGUGGGAUUGGACUGAAGAAGGAGAAGCUAUGUUCGACGGAUCCAAGGAUAUUCUCAUCGAUAUCGAUCUUGAAGCCGGCGUGCCUGCUGAAGUUGUCGCUGAAAUCAACAAUGAAGUCCGUCCGGUUGCACGGCAGAAGCAUGCCAAAUUGACGCAUCAUAAUGGUGGGUGUCGAAUUGGCUACAAGGAAGAGGAUAAACAAGAUUAUCUCCAAGAAGCUGUAAAUGCGGCCAAAGAGGCUGAUGUUGCGGUUGUGAUUGUUGGACUUGACGAAGAAUGGGAGUCUGAAGGAUAUGACCGCCAAACAAUGGAUCUACCAAAAGAUGGAAGUCAAGACCGACUAAUCGAUGCUGUUCUCGCAGCAAAUCCAAACACAAUCGUCGUCAACCAAUCUGGGUCGCCUGUGACUAUGCCCUGGGCCGAUCGAGUACCUGCAAUUCUACAAGCAUGGUAUCAAGGACAAGAAGCCGGAAACGCCCUCGCAGAUGUCCUUUUCGGACUCCGAAACCCAAGCGGUAAACUUCCAACCACCUUCCCCAAACGUCUCGAAGACAACCCAACCUACCACAACUGGCCCGGCGAAAAUCUCAAAGUCCUAUACGGCGAGGGUCUCUACAUCGGCUACAGACACUACGACCGCCUCAACAUCACCCCGCUGUUUCCCUUCGGCCACGGCCUCUCCUAUACAACCUUCUCCUACGGCACGCCCUCCAUCUCCGCCACCACCCUUGUCGACGGCGCAAACCUCACACUCACCAUUCCCAUAACCAACACCGGCGCCGUCGAAGGCGCAGAAAGUGUGCAAGCCUACAUCCACGACCCGAAAUCGCGGCUGCCGCGCCCAGAAAAGGAGUUGAAGGCGUUUGAUAAAGUGUUUUUACAGCCGGGCGAGACGAAAGAUGCGGUGCUAGCGCUAGACAGAUAUUCGGUUGGGUACUACGAUACGGACUUGAGCGCGUGGAUUGCUGAGGAGGGAGUCUUUGAUGUUUUGAUCGGAGCGUCGAGUCGGGAUAUUAAAGAAAAGAUUUCGUUCGAGGUUAAGGAGUCGUUUACCUGGGUGUUUUGA